GGAGAUAGCGGCCUUCUUCAUCUAGGUUGAGCCCGCCCAAUCACGCAGUAUUGUUCUGUGGCAACUGGCAGCAGGCAACACAAGGGAGCUGGGACUCGGCUUGUUCCUUACUUGCCUUUGCAGUAGACAUGGCGGCACUCAGAAGACUUAUUACUGGAAACCCAAAACACUCUUCCCUUAUUCCUCCUACCCUUCUUAUUUUCCGUAGAGGUAUCGCCUCUAAGCUCUUCGUUGGAGGUCUAUCAUUUUACACCACAGAGAAAGGAUUAUUAGAUGCAUUUUCCCAGUAUGGUCAAGUUAUGGAAGCCAAAAUUGUAACCGAUAGAGUUUCGGGUAAAUCUAAAGGUUUUGGAUUUGUUACUUAUGCAUGUGAAGAUGAAGCUGAGAAAGCAAUAACUCAGAUGGACGGAAGGGCUCUGAAUGGACGUGUUAUUUUUGUUGACUAUGCGAAACCCACAUCUAAUUUGGGUGGUUCACCUAUAGCCAGGGGACCUCCUGAUCCAAUAACCAAAAACUGACGGCUUUGAUAAAGACACAUACAUUUCAAAGACACUUCAUUUCAGAUCAAUCUAGCAGCCCAGAGGUCUGCUCAGCACUAGAAAGCAAGAGCUGAUAGAAGUUUGCAUCAAAAUCUUGUGGUCAAAGAAUCCAGUGAAGGACAUUGGCUACUAAAGUUCAUAGGUUGUUUUUGUAUUUGUUAUUGUAGUUGCUUGGGCAUGAUGCAUUUGAGUAUGUUGAAGCAGCAGAUACUUAAAGCUGGCUUUAUGGAGAACAAAUAAGCUAAGAAGCUUGAAGGCAUCAGCGGUAGCAAGGGCUUAGGAUUGAAUCAUAAGACAGUAUUAAUCAUUUAUGAAUUUGAGUUAUAGAUGGGGCUUGUAUUGAAAGUUUUUGUUCAUCAUCAUGUUGGUUGGUUAUCAUCCGUGAUACUAAAAUAUCAUUGUAGACUUUGAACAAUAACUUGGGGCAACCUUUUUUUUUUCAA